AUGAAUUAUAGGAGGUUGUCUAAGGACUGGAUUCCCAGUAGCAACCAGCAGGAUUGUGAAUGCAGCUUUGGAUGUGACUGGAGUAUGAUGGUAGGUGUUGCUGUCCCCUUUGUCUUGCAGAGGACGAGCUGUGGUUACAUCCUGUGCACCGUGCUGUUGUCCGUGGCCGUUCUGCUGGCGGUCACAGUCACCGGAGCCGUCCUAUUCAUGAAUCACUACCACGCCCCAUCCACCGAACCGCCGCCGGUCAUCACCACCAACAUGGACGACCCCAACGCGCUGGUCACCAUCGAGAGGGCAGACAGCUCCCACAUCAAUAUAUUCAUCGACCCCAACUGCCCCGACCCGCUGCCGCGCCUGGACGGGUUACAGUCCUCCCUGAUGUCCGCGCUGGCGGACCAUGACUCGGAGAUGAAGGCGGCGGUGGGCAAGGAGCGGGCACUGCUGGCGGGCCUGGCCGACCAGGUGUCACAGAUGGUAUCACAGGUGUCCCGGCAGCGGGCGGACUGGGAGAGCCUGCGGAAAGGCCAGAAUGGACUGGUGUCUGAACUGGGGGCGCUGCAGAGCGAGCAGGGGAGACUCAUACAGCUUCUGUCUGAAGGUCACAGUCACGUGGCGCAGCUGGUCAGUUCCGUGAGUGAAGUUCUAGACUCGGUCCAUGGAAAAUCCCGUGGGAAGGGAGAUCUCGUCCGGUCGCCACCGAAGAGCUCCAGAUCCCGUGGCUGCACCAAUGGUUCCAAGCCGCGCGACUGCUAUGACAUCUUCAUGAGCGGGCAGCAGGAGGACGGCGUCUAUUCCAUCUUCCCCAUUCACUAUCCCACCGGAUUCCAGGUCUACUGCGACAUGACGACGGACGGAGGGGGCUGGACGGUGUUCCAGAGACGAGAGGACGGAUCCGUGAAUUUCUUCCGUGGGUGGGAGCAGUACAGGGAUGGAUUUGGAAAGCUGACGGAGGAACAUUGGCUCGGUCUCCAGCGGCUCCACUUGUUGACCAUGCAGACACAUUACCAGCUCCGCAUUGACUUGACAGACUUUGAGAACUCCACGGCCUAUGCCCAGUACAACACGUUUGGCAUUGGCCUGUACUCCGUGAACCCAGAAGACGACGGCUACCCGCUCACGGUGUCAGACUACUCUGGAACGGCAGGAGAUUCCUUGGGUAAACACACGGGGAUGAAAUUCACCACCAAGGACUUGGACAACGACCACUCUGAGAACAACUGCGCAAGCUUCUACCAUGGGGCCUGGUGGUACCGCAAUUGCCACACCUCCAACCUGAAUGGGCAGUACCUCCGUGGGCAUCACGCCUCCUAUGCCGACGGUAUCGAGUGGUCGUCUUGGACUGGCUGGCAGUAUUCCCUCAAGUUCACAGAGAUGAAGAUCCGUCCUCACCGAGAAGACAAGUGA